ACACACGACCACAACACUUCACACAAAAACAACUCUUCUCCUCUCGCUGUUUUUCAACAUUUCUAUUUCUCAUUAGCCUCCAUUAGCUAGAAUCCAAAUAAACGUGACAAGUAGUGAGGCAUUAUUUGGAUUUUAGGUUCAAUUUGUGGGUUUUCUAAAUAUGGAUUGACGAUUGUAGUUUAUUCAGCAAUCAGCAUUUAUAAAAACAUAAUAAACUAAAGCACACAGGCUAGGCCUAAAUGAUGGUUUCACAGUAAGUUCUAGUCCGGCAAAAUGCUUCUAGUUAGACCAUAUUUUCUGUGAAAAUUAACAUUUCAAGUGAUUAUAGCAGUACGGUAUCGUUGUUUGAAAAAACUACAGUAGAUAAAAAUGGGAGUUCCAGCAUUUUUUAGGUGGUUGUCACGAAAAUACCCUUCUGUGAUUGUUAACUGCUUGGAGGAAAAGCCAAAAGAUAUCAAUGGACAGCAAGUGCCGGUUAAUUCAGCAGAACCCAAUCCAAAUGGAAUUGAAUUUGAUAAUCUUUAUCUGGACAUGAAUGGCAUCAUCCAUCCCUGCACUCACCCUGAGGACAAACCAGCGCCCAAAAAUGAGGAUGAAAUGAUGAUCGCCAUAUUCGAAUGUAUUGACCGACUUUUUCGUAUUGUUCGACCUCGCAAAGUUCUCUACAUGGCAAUUGAUGGCGUGGCUCCAAGAGCUAAGAUGAACCAACAGAGAUCAAGAAGAUUUCGUGCAGCUAAGGAAGCAACAGAGAAAGUGUUUGAGGUUGCCCGAAUUCGGAAAGAGAUGGCUGAAAAAGGUUACGUACUUCCUCCACAAAAAGAAAAGGAGAGCCAUUUUGACAGCAACUGUAUCACUCCGGGAACACCAUUCAUGGCGAGGCUGUCCGAUUGUUUGCACUAUUACAUCCAUCAGCGGAUUAAUCUUGACCCAGGAUGGCAGAAAAUAAAAGUGAUCCUUUCAGAUGCCAAUGUUCCUGGAGAAGGAGAGCACAAAAUUAUGGACUACAUAAGAAGACAGAGAGCCCAGCCAAACCAUGAUCCAAACACUCAGCACUGUCUCUGUGGAGCAGACGCUGAUCUUAUCAUGUUGGGACUGGCCACUCAUGAGCCAAACUUCACCAUCAUCAGAGAAGAGUUCAAGCCAAACAAGCCCAGACCAUGCGAUAUUUGCGGAAAUCUUGGACAUGAGAUGAAAGAUUGCCUGGGCGUUGAAAAGGAAGGCUCGGCUGAUGUGCCGGCCACGAUCCCGUUGGAGUCCGAACAGGAGUUCAUAUUUGUGCGACUGAACGUGCUGCGAGAGUACCUGGAGAAAGAGUUGCAAAUGCCCGGCUUGCCGUUUGAGUACGACUUUGAGCGGGCCGUUGACGACUGGGUGUUCAUGUGCUUCUUUGUCGGCAACGACUUUCUGCCGCAUCUGCCGUCGCUCGAGAUCAGAGAGGGUGCCAUUGACCGGCUGGUAGCCCUCUACAAGAAGGCUGUCUACAAGACUGGCGGCUUUGUCACUGAAAGCGGCCUGGUGAACUUGAAUCGAGUGCAGUUGAUUAUGUCCGACCUUGGAGAAAUGGAAGAUGAAAUAUUCAAAAACCGGCAAAAAACUGAGCUCAUGUUCAAGGAGCGAAAUCGCCAGAGAAAGAGACGUGAAAAAAUGGCCAAGAUGAACGAUCGCCCCGCUUGGACUCCCACCGGCCAAUUCGCGCCCCAAGCUCUAGGUAGAGGGGGAUCAGGAAGAGGAGGUGGAGGAGGAGGAGGAGUGGCUCCCAUACAAAAUGCUCGCCAAGAAGCGUAUCAGAUGAGGAUGCAGGGAAUGCAAAGAGCCACUGAAUUCUAUCAGGGUCGUGGAAACAACAACCAGCAGCAGGGUAACUACAACAACCGGUACGGAGGCGGCAACAACCAACAGCAGAGAAGCGACGACAACUCUCCACGCGGCCAAAAGCGGAAACACGAGGAGGUGGAUGAUGAUGACGAGGAGCCCGACCCACCCGACGAGGUGCGGCUCUGGGAGAGCGGGUUCAAGGACCGCUACUACGAGUCCAAGUUUGACGUGUCGCCCAACAACAUCGACUUCCGACAGAAGGUUGCUUUGCAGUAUGUACGUGGUCUCAGCUGGGUACUCCGCUAUUACUAUCAGGGCUGUGCAUCAUGGGAAUGGUAUUUUCCUUACCAUUAUGCACCCUUUGCAUCAGACUUUGUCGACAUAGCGCGUGUCUCAAUUGACUUUGAGAAAAAUACAAAACCGUUCCAGCCAUUGGAGCAACUAAUGGGAGUAUUCCCAGCAGCUAGUAGUUCCCAUGUUCCACAACCUUGGGCUGAUCUUAUGAAAAAUCCUGAUUCCCAAAUAAUAGAUUUCUAUCCUGAGGAUUUCAAAAUUGAUCUCAACGGAAAAAAGUUCGCCUGGCAAGGAGUAGCUCUAUUACCUUUUGUUGACGAAGUUCGCCUAAGGCAGGCAUUGAAAGAUUACUAUCCUCUACUGACUGAUGCCGAAAGAAAAAGGAAUCAGUUGGGUGAUGAUCGGCUGUACAUUGGGCAUCAGCAUCCAAGCUACUCUUUCAUGGCUGGACUCUAUAAAAACAAAACAUUGUUCUCGACAGAAACUGAACUAUCAACUGAAGGAGUGAGAGGCCGUAUAUUGCUUUCUGAAGAGUGUGUCUCGUACCAAGGGUCAUUGCCAUCUCCAGUGUUGGGCUUGCCUGUUGUAAGGCUCAAUUCAGUCACCGUAGUGAAAUUCCGUGAUCCAUCAUACCCAGACUCAUACAUCUUCAAAGCGUGUCGCCUAAAAGGAGCAAAAGAACCACCUCGUGUUCUGAAGCCAGGCGACAUGCCAGUGCAAGACCGAAAUAGUUGGAAGCCGCAGAUCGGCAUGGUCCCUUCAAGACAGCAAGCCUCACUUGGAAGAGCUGGCCACAACAUGCUAUCGCAUUACACGCCUAGAAACCAGGGUGGAGGUGGAGGCGGUGGAGGUGGAGGCGGCGGAGGCGGAGGCUACAAUUCAGUGCCCGCUCCUUCACAUCUCAACCAGAGUUCCAAUCGUGGUGGUAGAGGAAGUCCCUAUGGGAAUCGACAAGGCUCACGCUUCUCUGAUAAUGAUAAUCGGUCUUCUGGCUUCAGGUCAACGAAUUAUUCUAACAAUAGGGAUUCGGGAAGCAGAAACGAUAGCAGAAGUACUGCUCAGAAUUGGGCUGAAUUUAGGAAAGAGCAAGGAGGAGGUGGUGGAGGAGGAGGAAGAAAUGGAGGAGGAGGGGGAGGAGGCUAUAACACCAACUACAACAACAGAAGCACUGACUACAACAACAGAAACACUGACUACAACAACAGAAACAAUGACUACAACAGCAAUCCGUACAGUACAAAUCAUAACGCUAGAAGUGGCAGCUACAAUCAGAAUCGAGGAGGUGGAGGAGGAGGAGGUGUUUGGAGGGUUGGAAACUCUGGCUAUAACAGUGGUGGGAGUGGUGGAUCUGGAGGAAACUCUAAUAGUAAUAGACCCGCCAGCGGAUACAACAUCAACAAUAAUCCAAAUCAGGUGACCAAUGCCAACUUCCAAUACGGUGGAAAUAAUUGGAAUGUCGCGCAUAGACGUUGAGUUGACUAGGUGAACACUGUCCAUUCCAAACUGCGCGGUGUGAACGACGGGUGAAAGUUUUAAUAUAUCAUUGAUAUUGUUGUCAGUUGCUCAUAAACUGACUUUUAACCAGAUUUAACUUAUUAUAACGAUGCAAUAUUUAUAUAAAUUAUGUAUGUUGAAAUAAGUGUAAUGAAGAAAAAUACAAAAUCAUUUUUAUCUGUGA